UGCUGCAUAUUCAUGAGCUCAUUUGCAUGAUGCGCUGGCAGAUGUGUCUUUUCCCACACACCUGCCCCCUCUGGUCAGUUGGAGGAGCGAGGGUGGGGAGGGAGGCAGGUGUCAGGGCGUCCCUCCGGGCUUGGGGGCCAGCCAGCCAUGUUCCACACACGUGCUCCCCCCUUUGGAAUUCUGUCACCCCCUCUUGCCCAGUCUCACUGGUUUUCUCUGUCUGGGUGUCAUUCUUUAUGUGUCUCCCUCUCAUUCUGUUUCUGACUUCUCGUCUCUUGCUCCCCUCUGCCUCUCUCUGUCCAUCUCUCUGGUUCUGUUUGGAUACCCCCCAUCUCUUGUCCUCUUCAUCUGUCCUCUGCUUUCCCUGUCCCUCCCCUCAUCUUUCGUUCUCCUUUUGUCUUCCUGUCUCUCUCCCCAUCCUUUCCUUCCCUCCACCUCUCAUAGUCUCACGUUUUUCCUUUCCUCCUCUCUCUCUGAAUUCUGUUCAAUCACCCAUUCAACCAGUAUCUACUAGCCCCCUCUCACUGGGGUCCUCCUCUGCGGGCGUCACCCAUUUCUUUCUGCCUCUGCUUGUCUGUCUCUCCCUUCCUGUGUCUUUUUUCCUAAGUCUCAGCUCCCUCCUGGUUUUUUCUUCCCUUCCUCCAAACCCAGUCCCUUUUCUGCCUCUCCCCCUGCUCCAUCUUUCUCCCCCAACCAUACAUUUUCCAAGUCCCCUCCACUCUCUCUAUUCCCUCCAAAAUCUCUCACCUCUCCCUAUCUCCCUCCCAAGACCAAUGCCCGACAAGCAUCGACAUCUAGGACUCCAGGGAAGGCCUCCUGAAUUGCAUCUUUGGUCCAGUGCUGGUUCUAGUUCAUCCUUAAUCCCCUUGGAUUUUUUAGGUCAAACACCAGAGCUGGAGCCCAGGUUUUCCCCACUUCCCUGUAGCCCACAAGAUAUGCAUAAGACCUCUCUUCGGAAUGUUCCUCCGAGGACACUUGGUUCCUUGCUCCUGGAUCACAUUCUGUGCCACAAGACAUGUCGUCCCCUCCCAGCCCAUUGAUAACACCGCACAGGCCAGGCAGCUGGGAAACCCAGAAGGCGGGACAGACAUUGGUCCUACCAGGUCAAACAGUAUUCAGACAAGCAACAGGAGCCAGCGUCUUUCCUCAGCCCCUGGACAUGUGGUCAGCCCCCAUCCCCACUCCUGGCGUGCAACUUCCAGAUCAUACAGCAUGAGCCGGCUGCUGACUCAGAGAAGCAGGACACAGCCCCCUACGUCCUAGUCCUGUCCCCAGAACCCCACAAGAAUGUAGGAAAAUGGAAAAGCUACUGCAGGAGACAAAAAAACAUUUCCCUCC